AGGUCAAGGGUUGUUAAGGCGAGGGGAAGAUGGCGGAAGGCGAAGCCAAGAGCUGCCGCCGCUGAAUCAGAUUUAACAGGCAGGUAAAGAGAUUUACCAGCACAUUUGAUCGCUGUCAAGUCAGUCUUCACCCUGACGGAAUAGAGACGCUGAUGGCGCUGCUGUACGGCCUGUUAUGGCGGUUCUUGCUGGUGCUGGUCCACGUCAACAGAGCCCUCGUCUCCUGGAUCCGUGUCCGGCUUCGGAGCUGGAAGGGCCGACUGUGGGAGCGGGCUAUGACCGCGCUGCUGCUGCCGCUAGCCCUGGCUGGCUUCCCGGACCACCAGAAGAAGUUAAAUCGCAACUCCGGUGCUAACGCUAACCCGGUAACUGAUAACUACGCUGUCAGUCGCCGGUCCCGGUGUCUGUCCGAUGGCAGGUCCUUGGAGAAGCUGCCGGUCCACAUCGGCCUGUUGGUUGCCGAAGAGGAGCCCAGCUACACGGACAUAGCCAACCUAGUGGUGUGGUGUAUUGCCGUUGGUAUUUCUAAUGUCAGCGUCUAUGACAAUCACGGUAUUCUCCGAAAGAAUUAUUCUCAUCUGCUGGAGGAGAUUGUGAGGAAGCAGCAGGAUUUUCUGGGUGGAGAUGGAUCCAAAUACAAUGUGGAGUUCCUGAGCAAUGGUACUGACAAACACCAACAUCAUGUGGUGUGCUGCAGGCCUACUGUGAAGGUGUUGUCUCCAGAGGAUGGAAAGCAGAGGAUCGUCAAAGUAGCGCAGCAGCUCUGUUGCUCUGUGGAGAACAAAGAGAGGAGCUCCAGAGACAUCAGCGUCACCAUGCUGGACAUGAUGCUCAGAGAGUCAAAGAAUAUUCCAGAACCUGAGCUGGUGGUGAAGUUUGGUCCAGUGGAGAGCACACUGGGCUUCCUCCCCUGGCACAUCAGACUCACUGAAUUCAUCUCCCUGCCCUCUCACAGAAAUGUGUCCUAUGAGGACUUGUUGGAUGCCCUGCAGCGGUACUGCGAUUGUCAGCAGCGGCUCGGCCAGUGACACUCAGGCCAGGAAGUGUGGGGUGCACACAGUCAGGGGAGGGUGUGGUGAAUCUUCCACAGCUCGCUGUGUUCCUCACUGCUCCUCUCCCACAAUCUGUGUGUCUCUUGGAUCUCUAACAGACUAAGAUUGCUCUAAAACGAGGAAGUCGGGAGAGCCAGCCAGCUCACUUCCUGCCACCAGCUCUUGCCACUUAAUAAACUUGCAUCCACAGGACUUGUGGAACAUGUUCCCCAAACUGACAUAAGAGAGACAUUGACAUUAGAAGAAUAUCUGCACAGACUCUGUGUUCCACAAACCCUGUUCUGUCCUCUGGCUCACUGUUUCACUGUUCAGUGUCCAGGUGCUGUUUACUGCUGAAGACCCAGAACAUGAGUUGCCUUCACUCAACAGACAACAAAGAAGAAACUAGGCCUUGUGUUAGUCCUUGUGCGGCAUCUUGGGGAAUACAGCUGCAUUUUUAGGGAGAGGCUCAACUGCUAACACCAUGUGAGCUGAGCAGCAGAAGUUGACCUUAGGGACAGAGAGUUAAUAAUCUGUAAAUAUGAGAAAUUAGGUGGCUCUGUGUUAGUCCCUCUGGCCUCCAGCUUACAGUUGUGUGAUCAUGUGCAGUGUAGCUUGAGACGCAUCCAGAGGUUUGUUUUACUGACCAAGCUCUGAAAUAAAGAAAAACACUGUCUGACUGUGUAUAUGACAAUAUAAUCUCAGCUCCCGCUAAUAGUUACUAAUCCUCACUUAUCUGCCUUUACUGAAUUGUCACUUAUCACAUUUGACAACUUGAUUAUCUCGAUCUGCAAUACAGUCCAUGAGAAGAUGUCCAAUGAAUAAUGAAAUCACAAAAAAUAAGUAAGUUGAAUUUAAGUCAAGAUUAUUUUGUCAAACGUUGUCUUGAGCAAGCUUUCAUACUCUGUAUGGGUCAUACUGUAACUCUGACAAACAUUUGAGGUUUUUUUUGUUGUCAGUUUUAAUAACUUGUUAUUCACGGCACUUAACUUCUACAUAUACUGUAUCCGCUUCCUCAGACAUACUCCUUCAUACAAUCACCAUUACUCUCAAUGAAAUUAACGGGUUUUAGUUGGAGUAAUGUCAGGUCACAGUCAAGUGACAACAUCAAGGCAAAAAUAAAAGAUGUCAAGUAGUCAGAGAAAUGAAAA